CCAAUCAGAAGCCUCUUCGCCUCAGCGGCUCCAGAGCGCCGCGCCCCAGAGACGCUACCGACAGAAACAAACGGUUGCAGAAAGAAACAGUGGACAAAAUCCCUCUAACGGAGAAAAACCUCAAGCUAACCGACUGUCCCCGAGUCGCUGUCCACUCCAACCGCACAUCUAGACCCACAUAAGCGUGUGUGAUGAACGGAGACUCAGGUGCAGGGGUGGUGACGGCCCCCCCACCCACCAAUCCCCCUCAUAAGGAGCGUUAUUUCGACCGUGUGGACGAGAGCAGCCCGGAGUACCAGAGAGAGAGGAACAUGGCGCCGGAUCUGCGGCAGGACUUCAACAUGAUGGAGCAGCGCAAGAGAGUCUCCAUGAUCCUGCAGAGUCCAGCGUUCUGUGAUGAGCUGGAGUCUCUGAUCCAGGAUCAGAUGAAGAAGGGGAAAAACCCCACCAGUUUACUUGCGCUGCAGCAGAUCGCUGACUUCAUGACCACCAGCGUCCCCACCGUGUACCCCGCCGGCCCUCAGGGAGGAAUGGCAGCCCUCAACAUGAGUUUGGGGAUGGUGACUCCAGUGAAUGAUCUGAGAGGUUCAGACUCCAUCGCUUAUGAGAAAGGAGAGAAGCUCUUGCGCUGUAAACUUGCUGCGUUUUACCGCCUGGCCGACCUUUUUGGCUGGUCUCAGCUCAUCUACAACCACCUGACGGUCCGGCUGAACUCUGAACAGGAGCGUUUUCUGAUUGUCCCUUUCGGGCUUCUGUACAGUGAAGUCACUGCCUCCAGUUUGGUCAAGAUUAACCUGCAGGGGGAGAUCGUAGACAGAGGCAGCACUAAUCUAGGUGUAAAUCAGGCUGGAUUCACCCUUCACUCCGCCAUCUACGCUGCCCGACCGGACAUCAAGUGCAUAGUGCACAUUCACACGCCCGCUGGCGCCGCGGUGUCUGCCAUGAAGUGUGGUCUGCUGCCCAUUUCACCCGAGGCUCUGUCGCUGGGCGAGGUGGCGUACCACGAUUACCACGGUAUCCUGGUGGAUGAGGAGGAGAACAUCCUCAUACAGAAGAACCUGGGUCCCAAGAGCAAGGUGUUGAUUUUGAGGAAUCACGGUCUGGUGACUGUUGGAGAAACAGUUGAAGAGGCAUUUUAUUACAUUCACAACCUGGUCACAGCCUGUGAGAUUCAGGUGCGCACCCUCGCCAGUGCAGGGGGUCCUGACAACCUGGUUAUGUUGGACCCAAGCAAGUAUAAAUCCCGGCCACGCCACCUCGAGCCGGUUGGAGACGGGUCGAGCUCGCACCCGAAGUGGCAGAUCGGGGAGCAGGAGUUUGAGGCUUUGAUGAGGAUGCUGGAUAAUCUGGGCUACAGGACUGGUUAUCCGUACCGUUGCCCGGCGCUGCGUGAUAAAGCUAAAAAGUACAGUGACGUUGAGAUUCCCCCGUCAGCCACGGGCUACUCAUAUGCAGAGGACAGUGACUCGGGUGCACGCUCCCCGUUAAAGCACAGCUUUCAGCGGCAGCAGCGGGACAAGACCCGCUGGCUAGCCGCCGGGCGGCCCGACGAAUCGGCAGAAGAGGGGCAGGAUGGCAGCGGUAGCCCCAAGGCGAAGACUAAGUGGACUAAGGAGGACAGUCUCCGACAGGCAGCUGUGGCCAAUCAGUUUGUCCCUAUGAACACCAACCCCAAAGAAGUCCAAGAGAUGCGCAACAAGAUCCGUGAGCAGAAUCUGCAGGACAAAAAGACGGCAGGUCCACAGUCGCAGGUGCUCACGGGUGCCAUGGUGGACCGUUCGUAUGUCCAGAGAAUGACUAUAUGGCACGAUGCUCCUCUCUCUGACUGUACGGACUCUAUUGAUGGCAUUGACCCUUCAGAGAGCUUUAGUCCCUCUAGGUCUAUUCGAAAGGGGGAGCUAGUGACCGCGUCUAAAGCUAUCAUUGAGAAGGAGUACCAACCACGCGUCAUCGUCAGUAAAACUGGACCAAACCCCUUCAACAAGCUCACAGACCAGGAGCUGGAUGAGUAUCGCAGGGAAGUGGAGCUCAAGCAGAAGGGCCCAGAAGCCCAACAGUGCCCACCGCAGGUCAGGAGAGAAACUGUUGUAUUGCAUCUAGCACAGGUCGAGGAGUCGUCCUCGGCCCCCGAAGAAGCCCAGACUCCAGAUGUCACAUCCACGCAGGAAAAUGAGGAUCCGCAGGCCACCGCGGCCCCUCCACCCUCCAUAAUCGAAUCGGGCCACGCGUCGGGUCAGGACAGUCCGGCAGAUGCUCCAGGAUCCCCUCAUAAGGAGUUUCACUCCGCUGUGCUGAAAGCUCUGGGCUGUGACGCGGAGUCUGAGCGUGACGGGCCGUCUGCAGGUCAGACACCGGAGGUUGAAGAGGGGAAAGUUCCCAGCGCCUCCUGCACUCCUCCCAGCUCACCUUUGCGUGUGGAGGAAGAGGCACAACAGGAACAGACGUCUAAAGACGAGAGUGACGCCGCCACUUUAAGACAGACCCUCCCCGAUCUAACCCCCGAUGAAGCCUCAGAAGUCGCCGCCCUCCCCGCAGAAGACCCCGCCCCCGUACAGGCUGACUCCGCCCCUCAGCCUGAGGGGGAGGAGCCUGUCGCCGGGGACGACGCGGCUGGUGAUCAUGGCAGCGACGAAUCGCCCAACAAAUCCCCGUCAAAGAAGAAGAAAAAGUUUCGCACCCCGUCGUUCCUAAAGAAAAACAAAAAGAAGUCUGAAACCUAGUGAGGAAGCUUUGCUCAGGUGUUCGGCAAUACCUUUUCUUUAAAUCGAUUUGCUUUUGUACUGUGUUCACAUUUAGUGUGUCGAUCUUUUUAUUAAAGCCUCAUAUUGUUUUUAUUCUUUUAAUAAAUGCUGGCUGAAGUGCACUCUAAAGUGCAGCUCGUUAAGCAUGUUCCACACACCUGUUUUUAUAAAGAAAAUCUCAAUCAGAAUACCAAUAACCACUAUAAUGUAUCGGAAAUGUAUCAGAUGUUAUUGUUAGAGGAAAUUAAUUGACGAAAGAGUUCCUCCUGGUGUUCAAUUAAAAUCUUUGCUCUGCUGCAUGUUUAUGAUUUUUCAAAUCACAUCUAUAAACUUAAAAAAAAAAAAAACAUGGA